AUGACCAGCGCUGAUGGGCUUCUUCCGCCCCCGCUACUUCCUCCGGCAUUACUAGACGGUGGCAAAGAUGUCCUACCAAAGAAGAAGCGGCAAGAGAACGCCUCGACAGGCGUUGGAGCUGCGGCGAUGCGUGGUAUAAGUGCUCGUUUCUUCGCAUUCUACUUCAGAGCUCCGAUAAGAGCAUUCUUCCGGACACGAAUUGACUAUAUGGGCUACGCCCGUGCCAUCAAUCCGCACGUGCAAGCUGGGGACAAUUGGUCAUGGCGAAUGACUUCUCCCGCUCUACUUGGCAGUGCCGUACACCGGUAUGGCUGGUCCUUCUUGCCGAAUCAAGUCCUACCACCUUUACUGGCCAAUACAGUCGUCGGGGCAGUCUUGUACACUGGCUAUCUGCAGACGCUAGGAAUGCUACAUGAGCCUUCAGCCAGAGCUACAAAGCGUGCCGAUCCGCUUCCACCUCCCGCAUAUACGUUCGCUGCUGGUUUUGGGGCAGGAACACUACAAAGUCUUAUAGCUGCUCCACUGGAUGCCUUGCAAGUCCGCUUCCAUGCCCGCGACUUCAUCGACGGCAAGUACAAGAACAUGUGGCAAUAUGGCUACCUGAAGUCUCGUGAAAUUGGGGCACGUGGAGUCUUUGCAGGCUGGUCCCUGAGUCUCCUUCGAGAUAGCUUCGGUAAUGCCGUCUUUUUCUCGACAUUCGAAUACGUCAAAGGUCAAGCCUUCUACAGUUUCGUUAGCAACUUCUACGGCCACUACGGAAAGCUCACCGGAUUUCAACAAGAGAGCAUCAGAGCGCAAGGAAAGUCGGCCAGCAGUCCUGUGAUAAGACCACAUUAUAUGAUCGAGCCGGCUUUCCUGCUACUCGCUGGUGUUGCGGCGUCGGUAGCGCAAGCGCUGGUGCAGUAUCCGGUUAGUCGUAUUCAAGAUAUCCACUAUGGACGAUUGGAGUGGAUCGAUACUCAUCCUAAAGUACCGCUGGACCUUGGCACGAGACGGGGUGCGGUCUGGGGUGUAUAUGCCAGUGCAUACCGCAAGACGUGGAAACAGUGCCUUGCUCUCGCCCGUAGAGAUGCUGGACUUCGGCGAUGGCUGUACAAGGAUUUCCUUACUAGGACUAUCACGCAGGUCCCGAGCACGAGUGCCGGACUGAUCGUGUUUGAGGUUAUAAGAAGGAAGUACGGAGAUGGCUCGGACGUGGUAAAAAUCAACAAAGACGGGUAUGAUAUCUUGUUGGUAUAG